UGAGAUGAGAAUAGAAAAGCCAAAAACAACCACCUUAACUGUUAGCCAUUGUUGCUUACAAAUCACGUUUCUAUAUCUUCCCAAAUCCAGUAUUUAUUGCGUUCUCUCCCUCCCACUGCUUUUUUUCUUCAAUCAUUCAAUCACUUCCCAUGGCUUCUCUCCCUCUUUUUCUCCCCAACUUUUCCCAUUUCUCCCCAUCUUUUCAUUAGCUUUCUCCCCAGCCUAAAGCCUCUCAUCUCUUUGGUGAUAAUACAUAUCCUACCUAGCUCCUUCACUUACACAUAUUAUCAUACUCUUCUGCAAAUUAAACUAAACCCCCAUUUUAGCCUCUCACUUUCUCUGCGAUUACUCACUGCUUUUAGCCAUGGAAAACUUGCCCGGAGACGAUAACCAGAUGGAUUUGCCACCUGGAUUCCGCUUCCACCCCACAGAUGAAGAGCUCAUCACUCAUUACUUGUCGAAGAAGGCUCUUGACACUUCUUUCUCUGCUGUCGCCAUUGGAGAGGUGGAUAUGAACAAGGUUGAACCUUGGGAAUUACCUUGGAAAUCAAGAAUUGGGGAAAAGGAAUGGUAUUUUUUCUGUGUGAGGGAUAAGAAGUACCCAACUGGAAUGAGAACUAACAGAGCCACGGCUUCCGGGUACUGGAAGGCCACCGGAAAAGACAAGGAGAUUUUCCGGGGGAAAUGCCUGGUCGGAAUGAAGAAGACCCUGGUUUUCUACCAGGGCAGAGCUCCUAAAGGCGAGAAGACUAAUUGGGUCUGCCAUGAAUUCAGACUUGAAGGCAAAUUGUCUGUCCACAACUUCCCCAAUGCAGCUCAGAGUGAUUGGGUGAUUUGCAGGGUGUUCCACAAGAAUUCCUGCGGCAAAAAUGUCCAUUUUCCAGACACCAAAUCCUCCGUUCUGCCGCCGCUAACAGAUUCCUCCACCACCACCACCCCGCCGGAAUCCGGCCACGUGCACUGCUUCUCCAGUCUCAUCCCGUCUGAGAACAAGAGCCUGCAGCAAGAAUCCAUGAACAUGGUGAACUAUCUCAGCAAUAUUAAUCCUCCAUUACCGUCUUCUUCAACUGCAGAUAUUUCCCCACACCCACAGAAUGUAUUCCCAUGGAGCCAAGCAGUCCAAACCCAUGGCAGUAGCUUUCUGAAUCCCGCGGAUUCAUUCUCCCCCAUUCAAGACCCUGCAAUUCUGACGAGUCUUCUUGCAGGCUGUGGCCACCGGAGCUUCAAAACGGAGAAGGAGAUCGUGUGUGGGUCCCAAGAAACUGAGAUCUCCUCUGUGGUCUCAAAUCUUGAAAUGGGAAGAAGGGCUUUUGAUGAUCACCAGAAUCCACAGGAGCUUGACUGCCUCUGGAGUUACUAAAAACUUAUUUAUUACUAUUAUGAUUAUUAUUAUUAUUAUUAUUAUCAUGAUUAUUAGUAUUGCUAUUGUUGUUGUUGUUGUUGAUGUUUCUUGUUGUUUAUUAGGAAUAUUAAGGUUAUUAUUAUAAUUAAUGAAGUUUGAAGUGUUUGUAUGUACAUAGGUUUUCUGUUUUCAAGGUGGUCUCCAUACUCAAUAUAAAACCUUAUGUGAAAUCUCA